UUGGCGCCUAAGUUGCCUAUAAAAUCAGGGGUCGGUGCAGCACAGAAACCAGUCGAGUUGAGUGUCCCAGUGAUACAGCAGCAGUAAGCAGCAGUAAGCAGCACCCCUGAAAAUUGGUGCCAAGUGAAUUUCUUAUCGGGUCAGGUGUAAACUAGUGCAGAAAUGUCGCAGCCAGAUAACGCGGAACGUGAGCCAACUGCGGCAGUCGCAGUGCCCGAGGCCUGCCAAGGUUGUCGCGGCCAGCUCCCACGUGCCACUCCCGUGGAGGUGGAGGACAUGGCCACCCAGCCGCUGGAGAAGCUGAUUCGCAAGGCGCAGAUGGCCCAGAAGAUGCUGAACGACGUCAUGGAGCAGAUCCAGAAACAGCAGCAGCAGCAGGAAUCUCUCCCCACGAAGACCAAGUCCAAGCACCACAGAUCCGGAGGAGGUAAAAGCCGCCGACACAAGGCCUCCAGACACGGUCAUCACUCUAGCUCCUCCUCUUCCAGCUCCGGUUCGGGGAAUAGCGAUUGUGAGCUGAUCGCUGUGGAGCGCCAGAAGGAGUUGACCUCAAGGAGCCGGCGACACAUCCGCGACGAUCGUAAGCGGGACCGAUCCCGGUCCCGAGGACGUUCCCGUGGCCACUCCCGGGGCCGCUCCCAUGGCCGUUCUCGUUCCAGGUCCUACACCGAUUCCCGACGCAGCGGAGCUCUACCCCUGGCUCUGCCCGUAAGGAUUGCCGUGUGAGUAUCCUGGCUUGAUUCAGUAUUGAUUAUUUUUAAGAAUGAACAUAAAUAAAAAGACAAAAAAAAAAGUAAUAAAAUAUGAGAAAUCCAAAUUAAAAA